AUGGUCCGAUACGGGCGUCAAGCCCGCGGUACACCCCUCACUACUCCAGUGGAAUCUAGUUCGCUCACUAACCUACCAAAGGGCGUUGUUGUUAUGCCAUCAGACGUCGCAGAUGUUCAGACAGCCCUGCUCUGGGCCCAGCAACACCACGUCGAUCUCGCGAUUAAAGGCGGAGGGCAUUCAGUUGCCGGUACCAGCUCGAGCGAAAACGGCCUCGUCAUCGAUCUUUCUCAGCUGAAGGGUGUUUCCGUUGAUACCGCCGCGAAAACAGUCACAGUACAGGGAGGCGCUACGUGGAAGGAAGUCGACGAAGCUGCAUGGGAACACGGUCUCGCUGCAGUCGGAGGCACGGUGAAUCAUACAGGCGUGGGUGGGCUUACACUGGGCGGCGGAUACGGUUGGCUGAGCGGGUUAUACGGUCUCACAAUUGACAAUCUAUUGUCUGCGCGCGUGGUGCUUGCUGAUGGUCGCUUGGUUACCGCGUCUGAAUCCGAGAAUCCGGACCUGCUGUGGGGAUUGAAAGGUGCGGGGUACAAUUUCGGCAUUGUCGUCGAGUUCACAUACCGGGCACACGAACAGAAGAAUCCUGUUUUCGCGGGUAUCAUUUCCUUCCCGCCGGACAAGCUGGAGGCAGUCGUCGAGCAGCUCAACGAAACACUGCUAAAUCCUGAUCCCCGGGGUGGUGUUAUGUGCUUCUUGGCGCAACCCCCCGGGGCCCCGGUGCCGAUGAUCAAUGUCCUUUGCUACUAUAACGGCACCAAAGAAGAGGGAGAGAAGCGAUAUGGUGGAUUACUGGAGUUGGAGCCGGUGGUCAACACGCUGGACAUGGUCCCGUACUCUCUGUUGAACAGUCUUCAAAAUCCUAUGGCGACAUAUGGCGGACGGAAAUCGUUCAAGGGAAUUUUUUACCAGCCACCAAUGGAUCCCCAGUUCGUGCGCACCAUCUUGACUGACCUGACUGCUAAGAUCCAAGAAGACGAGGAUCUGAAGGCAUCCGCGUUGAUCCUGGAGUUCUUUGACAUGCGCAAAGUCUGCGAAGUCCCUUCGGCGGCGACGGCAUUUGCUAGUCGGAACAGUACUCAGAAUGGAAUCAUCUGCCUGCGCUGGUCUGAUUCCAGCAAGGACUCCCAAAAUCGCGCCUGGGCACGCGAGAUGCAGGCCCGAUGGAAAGAGCAACUCAAGACUCCCGAUACGGAUGUGCCGCAGUACAUCAAUUAUGCUGAGCCUGGUGACUCCGCCGUUUCCAACAUUUACGGCGCCAACCUGGGCAAGCUGCAAGAGAUCAAGGCGAAAUAUGAUCCCACGAAUGUGUUCCACAAGAUGCAUCCGAUCGAAAUGAAUGCUCCAACCGCAUAG